AUGGACAAUGGUAUAUACUGGAGGUUAAAAAACAAUGAUAUGUCUUUGGAACUAAUAAAAUAUAUUGAAGAAGAUGAUAUAAAAAAUAUAUUAAAUUAUGAAGGAUUAUUACAAGAAAUAAAAUCUGAGAAUUUCGAUUUGUUAAAAUAUUUAGUUAAAGAAGAGAAUCUAAUGAAAAUAUUAUGUUAUAUAAUAGAAGAGUCUGAUGAAAGUACUGAUUAUGAUAAAUCAUAUAAAUUUCCUUAUAAAUGUCAUCAAAUUAUAUGUUGUGAAAAUAAAUUAAUUAUAGAUAGUAUUGUAUAUAAUGAUAAGGUUAUGAAAUAUUUUUGGGGGUUCCUAUUAAAUAAGAAACAAUUAAAUGAAGUUCUUUCAGGAUAUUUUAGUAGAUGUGCUAUAUCUAUAUAUAAUAAGAAUACAAAAGAAGUUGUAAAUUUUUUAAGAGCAAAAAAAGAGUUAUAUUUAAAAGCAUUUCUUUAUCAUUUUUAUUCAAGAAAUAUAACAGAAUUAUUUAAAGUAUUAUUAUUUGUCAAAGUUCCUUAUUUAUCCAUAUUUGAUAUUAAGAAUAUUAUUUUUUAUAUCCUUAGUAAUUUAAACGGUGACUUUGUUAAUCAUAAUUAUGUUACAUGUGAUAAAGAAGAUAAUAUUACUUGUUUAAUUAGAGAUAUGUUUGCUAGGAAGUCGGAGAUAUAUUAUUUUAAUUAUUUUCUAGUAGAUCUAUCAUCACAAUUAUCCUUUACCUAUUUAACAAAAUGCAUUUUUUCACAAUCAUCAUCAACCAUCUCAGCAGCUAUAACUAUAAUAUCGGAUCUAAUACAUUAUACUGUUUUAGCCAAGUCUUAUAAUAACAUUGAUUUUUAUGAAUGCUUAGAUAUUUAUAAUAAAGAAAGAGAAUUUAGAAAAAAGGAAAUUGAGCACUUGCGGAAAAAAAAACAAACCGAUAAAAGAAGAAGAGAAAGAGGAAGAGAAAGAGAAGGGGGAAGAGAAAGAGAAAGACGGAAAAAAAAAAAAAAAAAAAAAAAAGGAAUAAAAAGAAAAGAGAAUGAUGAUAUUAUUGAAAAUGAUGUUAUAAAAAGAGAUAUGCGAAAUAAUAUUUUACAACAUGAGGAUACUAAUAUAGAAGUAAUGCCCACUAUUGAAAGUAGUUAUAAUAAGAUUAUGAAUAAUACAAAAGAAGGAUAUCAGAAAGAAAUAGAUGAAAACCAGAAUAUGAACAAUUUUGAAAGUAAUGUUUUAAAACGUAUGACAAGAGUUGAUGAUCAUUUUUUAAAACAAGAACGUGAAGAAAAUGUGUUACAAGCUGAGGGAGAUAUGAACAACUUGGAGGGUACAAAUGAAGAGGUUGUGUCAGAAGAAAAAAAACAUAAUGAUGAUCAUAGAAUAUGUUUACCGUUAAAUGAAGCUAAUGUUGAAAAUAAUAAUAAUAAUAUUAGUGGUAGUAGUAGUACUAGUAGUAGUAGUAAUAAAGAAAUGAUCAAUUCAGAAGAUUCCCUAUAUAAUUCACUCAUAAAUAAAACAUACAAUUUAGAUGAUAAUGAAAAAACUGGGAAGGAUCAUUUAGAAGAUGUUCAAGAUAAUAAGGACAAUUGUUUUAAAAAUAGGAACCACAAAAAUGAUUUUCCUUACAAUUCCUUCAGCCAUUAUGAGAAUGAUUAUUCGUAUUCUUACAGAAAAGAUGAAAUAUCCUUACGAUCUGAUGAUGAUAAUUGUGAUGAUAAUUAUAGUGAUGAAAAUUAUAGUGAUGAAAAUUAUAGUGAUGAAAAUUAUAGUGAUGAAAAUUAUGGUGAUGAAAAUUAUAGUGAUGAAAAUUAUGGUGAUGAAAAUUAUAGUGAUGAUAAUUACAGUGAUGAAAAUUAUAGUGAUGACAUACAAAACAAUAACAGUUUAAAUUAUCGGAAAAAUAAUAUUUCGUCUGUGUCAUAUGCUCAUUUAAGAAAUAUAAAACUCGAGCAUGUACUUAAUAGAAUGAAACGGUUAGCUAGCCAUAAAAUUUGUUUCAACCUGAAUAAUGAAGAGAGUUUGCCCUCAAAAGAGGAAACUAAUAACAACAAUAAUAAUAAUAAUAAUAAUAAUAACAACAACAAUAAUAAUAAUUAUUAUAACAAUAAUAAUUAUAACAAUAAUAAUUAUAACAAUAAUAAUAACAACAGUAAUAAUGUUGAAGAUAAUAGAAAGGAAGAUACUUUUCAUAUUUUUCAAAAAGAAGAAGGUGAUGCAAAUAUACCCAUAGAUAAAUGGAUUGAAUAUUUAGAUAAUAGCACUUUUAUAGAUAUAUGUUUUUUUAGUUAUAUAAAAGAUAUUAUGAAAUUAUAUAUUAUGAAUAUUAAUAAGAAUAAGAAUAAAAAUAUUCUAGGAUUUACAACAUUAGAAAUAAUCCAAUUAAUAAAAACAUUAAUUAAAACGAAAUCAAAAAAUAUCUUAACAGAAAUUAUUGAUGAAGGAUUUUUUGAUAUAUCUAUUGAUAUAUUUUUUAAAUAUAAAUGGAAUAAUUUAUUACAUAUAUCUGUAUGUGAUUUAUUACAAACUAUUAUAUUUAAAGAAAAUGAAUAUUCAUAUUUGUUAUAUUAUAUUCUAGCCUUAACAACUUUCCUUCCUAAAUGUUUACGUUAUUUUGAUGCUGUUAGAAGAUGUAGAAGUAUUAAAAAUAAAAAAAAAAAAAAAAAAUUUGAAAGUCUUAUAGAUUGUGGUUAUAAAGCACAUCUAUUACAUAUUUGCCAAAUAUUAAGUAAUAAAUCUUUAGAAAUAAAAUGGCUAUCCAAUUUCCUAGUUACUGUAUCUGGAUGGAAUGAUAUAAUAAUUGACGAGUUAAACCAUUAUUCCCUAUAUUUUAAUGAUAUGUCUUAUUCAGAUGAAAAAAAAAAUGAAGACAUGGAACUAGAAGAUAUAGAAAACAAUCAUAAUCAUAUCAUUAAUAGUAAUAUAAUGAAUAAUAAUAAUAAUAAUCAACAUGAUCAUGAUAAAGAAAAAAAAAAAAAUUAUAAUAAUAAUAAUAAUGAUGAUGAUGAUGAUGACCAUAAUUUUAAUAAUUAUUCUAAUGUCAUAGAUAUACUUUUCGAUGAAAAUAAAAAUGAUUUUUCUACAUAUGAUUAUAAUCAUUUUUAUAAAAAUGAAAGUAAUAACAAUGAACAUUUAGCCGUAACGUCCAAAUACGGCUUUGAAGAUCACCCUUAUGAGGAAAACAUAAAUGAACACCAUAAUAAAGAGAAGAUGGAAAUUCAUAUUGAUGAAGGUGAUAAAAAUUAUGAUGAUAAUAAAAAAAAUGAUGAUAAUAUAAAUCAUGAUGAUAAUAUAAAUAAUGAUCAUAAUAUAAAUAAUGAUGAUAAUAUAAAUAAUGAUGAUAAUAAAAAUAAUGAUGAUAAUAAAAAUAAUGAUGAUAAUAUAAAUAAUGAUCAUAAUAAAAAUAAUGAUCAUAAUAUAAAUAAUGAUCAUAAUAUAAAUAAUGAUAAUAAUAAAAAUUUUAAUUAUGAAGAGCUUUCUAUUCAAAAUAAAGACCAAGAUAAAACACAACCAUCCACACUAGACAUAAAUAUGGAUGAUCAUUUUGUUAAUCAAAAUGAUAAAGAAAAUAAUAAUGAACCUGUAAUUUUAUCUGGUGAAGAAUAA